CUUUUUCUGCAUUCUUGGAAACUUCCGGUCACCAGGGACAACCCUAUAAAAGACGUGCCGUGCUCAGGGAGACCUCACUCAAGACUUGUGAUCCAAGGAAGCUAGCUGGAGCUACAGACGCCGGCUUUCCCUUGUCCACUGUAUUGUACAUCAACUGUAACAGACGAUAACAGCAUGAGGUCGCUUCUCGCCGUGGCUUGUGUCCUGGCUAUCGCAGCCUUUCAACAAUCUUCAGCCAGUCCCGCCUGCACGCCACUGUACAGAAAGUUAUGCAGAGUUUCCGAUUGGAGCGCCUGGAGCCCGAAGGACAAUAUCUUCGGCUGCAGUCAGGUUUUCCGCACACGUGAGGUGAUCGACAACCCGCUCGGGUCCACCGCCUGCUGCCCGGCACUCAGACAGGAGAAGGAACAAUGCGGAGUGCCCACCCGAGAGCAGACAGUGGGAGCCAUAUCCAAAGGUUUCGUGGGCCCUCUCAGCGGGGACGGCUUCCGCAAGGCCGACGGCUCCACCGAGGUCAUCGACAUGUUGUUCGUCUUCGACAAGAGCGGCAGCGUCAGGGAAGUGAACUUCAACGACGCCAAGGAAAACAUAAAGGACCUGAUUGAGAACUUCCCCGCACCCGUGGGCCCGUCAGACACCCGUGUGGCCGCCGUCUCCUUCUCUGACGUAGCCAAGACCCGUGUGGAGUUCGACUUCAACGCCAGCGGAGAUCGCGACUCCGUCAAGGCCUCCCUGGGCAACAUCGCUUACGAAGGAGGUUGGACUGCCACCGCCACCGCUCUCAGCAUGGCCCGCGAUAACGUCUUCCAGUCCGUGGCCGGUUCUCGGCCCAACUCCGCCAAGAUUCUCUUCCUCAUCACGGACGGCAAGUCCAACCGCGGAGGCGCGCCCAUCCCGGUAGCCGAUCAGCUAAAGGGCAACGACGUUGAGUUGUUCGCGUUCGCCGUGGGGCCUGAGAACCAGAUUAACGAGGACGAGCUGCGCAGCAUAGUCUCGGACCCCGUCCCGGAACACCUGUUCUACGCCGGCAGCUUCUCCGCCAUGUCCGACGUCUUCACCGACCUCAUCGACAUCCUCAGGGAGAGAUUCGGAGGCUCGUCUUUUUCGACUUCUGAUGAUGAGUACGAUUACGACUACGGCUUCUUCCGUCGGUGAGAAGGAACGCAAACUCGCCCGAACAUUCCCGAAGUUCACGUAGUGUCGUAUAUCUGUAGCCUUUUGGAAAACGGCCAUGUGUAAAAGAGAAGCCAUAUAUUGUACAUAUAGAAAGGAAGAGCAAGGAAAAGUUCGCAUUGGUCUUGUCUAACGAAAUACAAGAAUAUUUGGUGGUCUGAAACAGUAUUAGUAUCUACCGAAAUAGAACGGUGUAUAGUUAUAGAAUACUUAGUAAUUUUUGAAGAAUUUAUGCAGAUGCUUCAAGAUCUACAUAGGUGUAUUUGUAUGUGACAUGUAUCUAUGAGGAAGGUAUGGUAUGUCUUUAAUGCCUUAUGUCUGUGUCUGCACUCGAGAGUCAGGAAAAGAAGAUUUUGUAGAAAAAAUUGUACAGAUUUUGAUGACAUUCCGUUUUCUUACCUCGCUGCAACACUACAGUAUUUAUUGCCUGCACUAGCACCACCUGUCAAAAUCGAUGGGAAUUACACUUUAUACUAUGUUAUGUGCCUUGUCCAGAUGUUUCUUCUCUAUACGCAAUAAAUGUAUAAAGUGUAGCUUUGUUGAGCUAAGAGUGUCUUUUCUGCAUUUAAUCAACCUUGCCUGUUAGGCACUUAGUUACAUCAAGAAUGUAAAGCUGUCAGCCCUUCUUGUACAAGACAAUCUUAAACAAAGUGAGAGGAGCAAUAAAUUGUCUUUAGUUCUUCUAAAGUU